UGCGGUCAGGAUGCCCAAGGCCAAGGAGCUGGCGGGGACGAGCAGCUCGGGGAGCAGCCCGGAGGAGGAGGAGGGGAAGAAAAGAAAGAAAGAAAUGUCUUCUAAGUCAGAGAAAAGGCUGAAAACAGAGGCCAAACCUUCAAAGGUGACAGAAAAAGCUCUGGGACAAGGCAGUGAGGAGGAGGGCAUGUUCCAGAUCGGGAAGAUGCGUUAUGUCAGAGUGUCCUGCUUCAAGGGGAAGGUCCUGGUGGACAUCAGGGAAUUCUACACUGACAAGGAGGGCAGCAUGAAACCGGGGAGGAAAGGGAUUGCUCUGUCUGCAGAACAGUGGGACCAGCUGAAGGAGAUCGUUCCUGAGAUCGAUGCCGCAGUCAAGAAAUUAUAAGAUGAAGAAUCUUGGACACCUUCAAUCUGUUUCCUUUCACUUAAGUGCACUGACAAGUCGAAAGCCAAGGUUUCUCAUCUGGAGCCUUCCCCUCACCUUGCUGGGGCUUCCUCACUGAGGUGGCGGUCAUGCUGAAAAGACCAGCGACUCUUCUAUUUUCAAGAAGUAGCUUGUCAGGAGCACCUGGAACUAGAGGCAGUGCUGUGAAGAGACACGCCAGCACCUUGGGUCUCAAGCAGACUCGAGGUCUGUGAUGGUGAGGGACGUGACCCCGACCUGGCUUUCCAGGUGGCUUCAAGUCUGCCUGGUGGGAUGCUUUAACUGCUCUGCAUCUGUCACCGUCUGCCACUUGGUGACCGUUGAGCAAGAUGGUUUGUAUACCUCAUGUUGGCAUCUGUGUUUCCUCCAUAUGUUAUUCUGGCUAUUUCAAGUACUUUCUGUGUUGUUGAGGGUUGUUUGGUGGCAUUUUUGCGUAGGGUUUUUUUUUUUUUGA